GUAUGCCAUCGGCCUUGCUUACAAAUCGGCCCCGAAGCAUGAGUGGAUUGGGAAGAACUCUGCUUCUUGGGCACUGUGCCGCUGUCACAAUAACUGGGUGGUGAGACACAACAGUAAGGAAACCUCCAUCGAGCCAGCCCCCCACCUCCGGCGCGUCGGCAUCCUGCUGGACUAUGACAAUGGUUCCAUCGCCUUCUACGAUGCUUUGAACUCCAUCCACCUCUACACCUUCGACAUCACCUUCUCACAGCCUGUGUGCCCCACCUUCACAGUGUGGAACAAGUGCUUGACCAUUAUAACUGGCCUUCCAAUCCCAGACCAUCUGGACUGCACAGAGCAGCUGCCGUGA